AUGUCGGACUAUGAUUCCGGAGAUGACCUAUUGGGUGACAUAGACGCGGACAACUUGGUUACAGGAAUCAAGCGCAGGCGCUCUCUUGAUGACGAGCAGGAUCACCAAGUUCGAUUAGCGAAACAACCCAAGGUGCAGGAUACGACACGCCCCGGCAUAGAAUUCUUAGGAGAAACCGCAAAGGCGAUCCUAAAGGAAAAGUUCGGUCAUGAAGACUUUCGCCACGAGCAGUUCUCUGCUAUUAUAUCCAUUUUACAACAAGAGAAUGUACUCGUCGUCUUUCCUACGGGCGCCGGCAAAUCGCUCUGCUAUCAAAUACCCGCAAUUGCCUUUGAAAAGAUAGAUGCUGUGGAUAGUAGCAAAGCUCGCAACGAGCCGGGCAUAACUAUCGUUGUCUCCCCUCUGAUUGCUCUCAUGAAGGAUCAAGUGGACACCCUACUACGUAAAGGUAUUGCUGCUGCUUGUCUGGACUCUACCAAAACCUACGAACAGCAGCAACAGAUAAAGGCUGGCAUCAGAGAGGGCCGGCUGAAACUACUUUACUGCGCGCCCGAGAGACUCAAUAACGAGGGCUUCGUCGAGAGUAUGAAGCAUGUUCCUGGAGGUAUUCGGCUGGUCGCCGUCGAUGAGGCUCAUUGCAUCUCAGAAUGGGGACACUCUUUUCGUCCGGACUAUCUCAAGGUGGCCCGCUUUGUCCAAGAAAUCAACGCCGAAAGGGUCAUCUGUCUCACGGCUACAGCAACACCUCGAGUCGUUGAUGAUGUCGCAAGGGCAUUCGACAUUAAGAAAUCCAAUGUAUUUCGCACUUCUCCUUACAGGCCUAAUCUACACUUGCUAGCCGAAUACACGGAAACGAAGCUGGACAAGUACCCAAAGAUGUUCCAUUUCUUGCGAAAACAUCCCGGGCCCACUCUCGUCUAUGUGACUCUCCAGAAGCAAGCUGAAUUGCUUGCGGAUGACCUAGCCAAGCAAGGCUUUAACGCAGUUGCAUUUCAUGCCGGCCUCAAGGCAGAAACAAAGGCGAAAAUCCAAGACGACUUUAUGGCCGAUAGUAUACCCAUAGUUGUCGCUACAAUUGCCUUCGGCAUGGGCAUUGACAAGGCCAACAUACGAAAUGUUAUUCAUUUCGAUCUCUCUAGCACGGUAGAAGAAUAUUCGCAGCAGAUCGGGCGCGCGGGAAGAGAUGGGAAAACAAGCCAUUGCAUGUUUUACAUCUGUCACGAUGACUUUUACCUAAGAGAGAACUUUGCUCGAGGUGACCUGCCAUCACGACAAUCACUACGUCGGUUGCUAGAAGACAUAUUUCACCGAGAAGUUGAUCGCACGCAGGAGGGCGACGUUAUCAGACUCAAUCAGACAGCUUUAGGUAGAGACUACGACAUCCGAGCGGGUCCUCUAGCCAUCUUGCUAGCGACACUAGAGCUUCGGUUUGGCCUGAUCAGAUCAAUUACUCCAGAAUAUACUUCAUACAAGUUCGAGGCAAUGCAGAGGUAUCAUUACACCGCUAAAGGGGACUCUUCUCCCGAGGGCAGAGCCAUCUACAAGCACGCCAUCAAGGCUAAGUACGGUAAGCUAUACGAUGUCAAUGUAACUGAUAUCGUAAAGUCAACUGGACUACUCCGUACCGACGUGGUAAGGAAGCUCGAAGAGUAUAACGACAGUGGAAUCAUCAUGCUCAAAAAGAGCGGUGUUGAAAACAAGUUCAAAAUUCUUAAGACUCUUCCUCGCACCCCAGAAGAAAUCAAAGCCAUCACCGACAAGCUCUAUGUCGAUAUGGAAACUCGAGAAGAGGAUGCGUUGCGACGAACGCAGCAAGUAGCCGAUCUAAUCACAGGCGACAAAUGCUUCGCUCUAGCUCUAGCUGAGCAUUUCGGGAUGGGAUUACCUGACGGGAAAACGAAAUGUGGACAUUGCUCUCGCUGUCUAACAGGGAGACGCAUCAUAUUACCUCCGAAGCCAACCCCGCCUGUCGACAUUGCUGGCAUUCUAAGGAUUCUUAAAGGCUGCCAUGUACGGGACGAUCCGAGAUUUUUAGCGCGCGUCGCUUUCGGGAUCAAAAGCCCUCGGGUCAUGCAGCUCAAACUCCACCAGAAAUCCAUAUUUAUGUCGUUGGCAGACCAUGAUUUCAAGUCCUUGUUGAGAGAGUUCACUCGAGCAUGCGAGGCGGCGGGGUUUAAGUCAGAAGACAGUUGA